AUGCUCACGAUAGGUACACGUCAGCAUAACUUUAAUGCUCUUAUUCUUACUAUGAAAUCGAUCAUCCUUGGGCCUCUAGGGCUUCUGGUAGCAUUUUGCUGCUUCUACCAACCUGCAGAUGCUGCUCUGGCCGCAAUGUCAAUCGAUUUGGGAAGUCAAUUCAUCAAAAUUGGACUGGUGAAACCUGGAGUGCCUAUGGAUAUUGUGUUGAACAAGGAGUCGAGAAGAAAAACACCAAAUGUCAUCUCUUUCAAAAACGAUGAACGAUUCUUCGCAGAGGCAGCCGCCGCCAUGUCAUCGUCCCAUCCUCAAUCAACCUACAACUUCUUGCUUUCACUAAUUGCUCGCAAGGAAGGAGAUGAUGCUUUUACCACUUUCAAGAAGACGUUCCCAUUCACCGCUUUUGAAUUCGACGAUGUUAGAAAGACUGUCAUCUUCCCGUACAAGGAAGAGAAAUACAACGUGGAAACUCUUUUGGCAAUGAUUCUGUGGAACGCAAAGAAGGUCACCGAAGCCUACGCCGAUCAAACCGUGAAAGUGAGUUUUAUUUGA